AUGAUUCAAACCAGAAUAAUUAGCGCUUUCCUCUGUCUUUUUAUGAUCUCAUGUGUAUCGGCUGCCUCCAGAACAGGUACUGAAACUAUCCAAGGCUUGGGUAAAAGAAAGCAAGAAAUUUUAAACAAUGGAGGCGGCGUUUAUGAUAUUGCUAUUGCGAUGCUUGAAACCACCAAUCUAGGUACGGAUUAUGUAUAUGGCGAUGGUAAAACAGGUGAUUCUGCCAAUUAUGGUAUCUUCAAACAAAACUGGUUUAUGCUUCGUACCUCCACUUCUCAAUUCAAGAACUCUAACAAGGAUAACUCUAAUUUGGGUGCCGUCUUGAACAGUAAUCUUGCUCAAGAUAUCAAGGCUAGACAGGAGUCACAAAACUUUUAUGGUCCCGAUAAAUGGUUUGCUGGUCAUCGUAACGGUGAGUCUGGUCUCAGUAACCCUUACACUCAAGACAUCACGGAUUACAAGGAUGGUGUCAACUGGAUUCAUGAUCAACUUGUGAAGGAUUCAAAGUAUUUGUCUGAUGACACAAGAUUUUGGAUUUACGUUGUUCCCAUUUAACUGAUAUCAUUUUAAUCGAUUUAUUGUAAUUAAUUAUAAAUAUGUUAUUACUUUACUUAUC